AGUAGUGAGACACGGCAGUGAUCAAGAAACUACAAGCCUUCAAGAAGCUCCAAGUCAUUGAUCAACCAUGCUCGCCUUUCUCGUCUGUGCUGCUCUGCUGGUUGCGGCUGAGGUGUCGGCUCAGAGCUGUGGGAUCGCAGCGUAUCCCCAGAUCCGCGUGGUGAAUGGCGUGGAGGCUCGUGCCAACUCCUGGCCUUGGCAGGCGCUCGUGCAGAGGUACUCUGGAGGAAGAUGGGUCAACUACUGUGGAGGAACCCUGAUUGAUCGUCAAUGGGUGCUCACCUCUGCGAGCUGCUUCACGAAUGGCUACAGCUACAGGGUGGUGUUGGGAAAGCACAGUGUGUCCACAACUGAGCCGGGGGAGAUCACCCCUCCAUUGAGCCUGGCUGUCUGGCAUACCUACUGGAAUCCCAGCAUCCCAACAAAUGGGUACGACAUCGCCAUGUUCAAGAUUGCAUCGCCCGUGACCCUCACAAGCAAGGUGCGCCUCGCCUGCCUGCCCAGCGCCAACCAGAUCCUGCCCAACAACUACCCGUGCUACGUCACGGGCUGGGGUUCUCUCGACACCAGCGGCCCCUUCCCCAGCGUGCUGCAGCAGGCCAGCCUGCCCGUGGUCGACUACGCGACGUGCAGCCAACCCAGCUGGUGGGGGAGCAGCCUGAGGAGCAGCGUGAUCUGCGCAGGGGGCAGCACCCGCUCUGCGUGCUCUGGUGAUGGAGGUGGUCCACUGAACUGCCAGCAGUCAGACAAUGCCUGGGUGGUGCAGGGAAUCACCAGCUACGUCUCAUCUCUGGGCUGCAACACAGUCCGCAAGCCCACUGUGUUCACCCGCGUAUCAGCCUACAACAGCUGGAUCAGCAACGUCAUGAGCGUGUACCGUGAAGCUCCGAAGAUCGCCGAGGGAGAGCAGAGCGUCAACAGCGGAGUUAAUGCCACAAUUGCCGCAUUCAAGAAGCCGCAGGCUUAAAGCAUCAUGCUCUUUACAUCAAUGCUACCGCUAAUACUAGAAUUACAGUUUAUUGUUACGGGUAUUGCCUUUUUUAAUGUGGUACUGGACAUGUGAGCAUAGGAUGGGUGGUUUGAUGCAGUGAGUUUGUGUGGCCAUGGCAGACAUAUUACCAGUGUUAAUGACACUAUAACAACUUGGCAUUUAGAUCACAUGUGAAACAAUGAGCUUUCUAAUUUGACAAAAAAUACAUUUUUGUCAUACCAACAUGCAUACUGUACUGCCAGUGCUAUACAAUUUAAAAACAUCUUUUUAAAGUAAAGUUCCAUAAUGAACCGCUAUUUUCAUAGUAAGUUUACAUUUUUUCUACCUUUGUGAAGACAAUGUUAAACAAUAUUGCAUAUAUAGUAUGGUACGACUGAUUACAAAUCCAUAAUUAGCAAAUUAUUGACUCGAUUUCCAAAUACUGUAAUGUGAUCUCAAGUGUACCGGAUCUGCUAAUGCUCCACCAGGCAGAUAUUACCUGGGGCCGUGUGAUGUUCUGCGUUGUGUUCAGUCUCCCGACUCAUGCAUAAUCUGGUUGCGUGGCAUUACAAAGAGGAUCCAGAAACAGAGCUCAAUUUGCUGGUGGAGUUUAUUUUUAAAAACGUGUUAGCCUCCACGCCAUAUUCAAAGCAUCACUCUCCUAUAAAAAUGGACAUAUAGUACGCUAUGAAUUGUACUUUUUAUCAAAAAAAUAAAAAUAUAUAUUUGUUUUCUGAAAUACAAAUGACACUAAUAUAACAACAGCAAUGUAUGUUAAGAUGUUAUACCUACAAACAUGUGAUGGUUUUAAGUCGGAUAUUUCAGCAUAACGGAGACAUGGCUGACAUCUGUAAAAUCUGGCCAUCAUUGUAGGUGAUGGCUAAGACUGUACAGUAGGGCAAAGCGAUUGGACAGUGGGGGAGGAUUAAACACAAUCAUUUGAGACUGAUCCUGCAGAUCAAAGCUACCUCUGAACUAUCUAUUCAGGUACUGACAUUUUGGUGACAAUUCAUCCAGGUAAUUCUACUCAUCUGUUCUACGAGCAAUGAUUGGAAAAACAAGCUCAUGGGACGACCUUUAAAGGCAUGCAUCUUUGGACUACCGAAAUAAUGUCACUGUUACACGUGUACAGUUUAGCAUUGUACAGGCCAUUAUAUUACUUUAAUAUUGGUCAGGCCAAUGUAGCAUUUGUGCAAUUCCGUCCAUUAUAAUUUAGUAGUGUUUGGGUCACGCAGUAUCGUGGUGUAUUGUGGGAAGCAGGUUAAUGCAGGGUGAUGAAGACUCGUUUCAUAAUGCUUAAUGUGUCCGAUGUGGUUUAUGAAUUAACAGUACUGUACUGUGGAUUGAUAAUGUUAUUGGUGAAUGUUUGGGUUGGUGUAAAAUAAACAUUUGAAGUACAAAAUAAA